GUACACAGACGCAAGACGGAUAUCAUAAGUGAAACGGGAUUUCUAGCAGAAUGCAACUCUGGCUGGGAGGCGUUCUUGUUAUUGUUGAAUUUUCCUUCGUGAUGAAUAACGUCUGCUCAUCGUGCCAAAAAGGACGUGAAAAAAAGUGACGUGACGCGCAGUAUAAUGGAUUAAUGCAUCAGUGGCGAAGGGCUGUGUCAGGUCAGAUAUUCUGCGGCUCAUUUAUUCUUCUUCGAUUUACGUGAUAAUUUUCAAUAUUCUCGCCAUUUAAUUCAGUGAAAAAGUUUGUGGAUUCAAAUAUAUCAUGAGCCUCAGCCGCCAAACAUCAACUGGAUCAACUGGUUCCUCCCGAAAAGCUUCAAUCGGGAGUAUCAACCGUAAAGCUUCAACUGAAUCUACAGGAUCUGGCAGAAGAUAUUCAACUUCUGGAUCUUAUAAUAAUGGAAUUGCCGUACUCACAGAAAACAUUUCAGUUCUACCAAAGUUGAUUGUCUUUGACUUAGACUACACGUUAUGGCCACUUUGGAUUGAGAUGUACAGUCCACCUUUUCACAUGGAGAGCCACCGAAAUGAACCUCAAGUAAGAGACAAGGGUGGACGAAUUGUCAACCCGUACCCAGAUGUGAAGGACAUCAUAGUGGAGCUCAAAGAGUCAGGCAUAGAGCUGGGCAUUGCUUCUCGAACACCAGAAAUCAAGGGAGCACGAAGACUGGUAGAGACUCUGGGCUGGGACAAGUACAUCCCUUUCAAAGAGAUUUACCCGGGAUGCAAGACAACCCAUUUUGAAAACCUCUGCAAGCACACUCAUAUUCCACUGAGUGAAAUGUUGUUUUUCGAUGACGAAGAGCGUAACAUCAAGGACCUCACCGCUGCUGGAGUGGUCUCUUGUCUGGUCGAUGACCGUGGAGUCACCAGGAAAGCAGUCAGAGACGGUCUAUUGAAGUUUGAAAAAGAGCGAAGCCACGAUAAAGAAGUCCAAAGCAAGUAAAUGCAGCGAUAGCAUUGAUAAUACUAUUAUACAUAUAAUAUGAGCAGUGCAACAAAUUUUUCAGUUCAUUUUGUAUAAUUCUGCUAUUUACCUCGUUUGCUUUAAAAGCAUCUCUCUAAAAUUAUCCUAGCGCUGAUCUGAUCGCUACUUAUUAUUAUAUAACCCAGUUAAAAUUGUCAUCACAGCAUUUAAAUAGUUGUAAUAAUGUUUCGAUCUUACCAAAAGUGCAAUACAGAUUAUUUGGAAAAUGGCCCAAAACCGAGUGCCGUUUCAACCUUA